CGGCACCCUGUCUCCACCGCGUGCACAGCCAGCUCACAGCACCAGCACCAAGCACCGGCAACCUGUCUCGAAAGCUCGCACAGGCAGCUCAUUGCUAAUUUGAAGUAAGAACCCCAUAGCUUCCCUAUCUGGGAACUCAUUUUUUUGGAGUUUUCCUUUUUUAUAUGAUAGCAGUGGCCUCCAACCUAGAAGCGAUGGCCUCCAACCUAGAAGCAAUGGCCUUGAACCUAGAAGCGAUGGCUUCAAAUGAAAGGCACGGGCUUUUGUCUCGGCAAAUUUGCACAUCGCCACUAUUGCAGCCGCUAUGACUUCAGUGCUACGGACUUGGAAGUCUACGCCUUCGACGACGGCUUCGUUGCCGGGCCAGCCGGUGGACAAUACCAAUCAUCCACCAUGGAUGUAGGGUCGCUGGCUAGUGGCAGCUUGACGGGGACCACGCACACCUAUUCCACCGAUAAGGCUUACCUGGCCCUGAAUAUGAAUGCUGGAACUGGCGUUUGCUUCGGAGAUGCGAGCAAAGGAGGAGAUUGCUCCCAGAUUGACUUCACCGGUGUGACCAGCGUGCAUGCCACGGAAGGAGCCUUCUUGGCUUUCAAGAAGGCUUCGGGUACCGCCACUUGCUGGGGGGACAUCGACUGCAGUAGUGUGGACUUUACCGGCGUCACAGACGUUUACUCCACGAUCCGUGCCUUUCUCGCCCUGAACCGCAACAGUGGAACGGGUGUUUGCUUUCCAACGGAUGCCAGCGAUGAUGAUUGCUCACAGAUCGACUUCACUAACGUCAGCCAUGUGCUUUACACUCGAACAGGCUUCUUGGGCAUCAAGUCGGAUCAGCCUGAUCGGCUCAGUACGGCAGGAUAUCGUGAUCACUUUAACCCCUUCGUGGUUCCGUCAUGAGUUUUGUUUGAUUUUCUCUAAAAAGCCCCACAGGGGAGACAACAGCAUGUAAAGAUGCACUGACUGCCCAAAAUGGCAGUGGCUUGCCUGCCAUGAAAAACAA